UGGAAUUCCAUCAUCACCCGCCAAGUUUAUUCUCCCUGCCUUACCAAGUUACCAAUGGCCGUCACCUCUGCUUCUUCUUCGCUUUCACUUUUCGCCCCUCCGGCAGCCAUUUCUACUCCUCCGGCUAAGAUUCUUCCCUUCGCACACGCCGCUUCUUCUCCGGCUUCAGUUAAACCUCUCCGUUCCUUCAUUCAAUCUUCCAUCUCCAAACCCCUCUUGCUCUCCACUGCUACCGUAGCUAAAAGGCCACUUUUCUCUGUCAAGAGCCAGAGCACGGCCGUCCAAUCUGAAUCGGCACAUUCAUCAACCAGAGAUUCCAAGGUUCAAGAGCUGUGUGUGUACGAGAUUAACGAGCGAGAUCGUCGGAGCCCGGCGUACCUCCGGCUGAGCUACAACAAAGUGAACUCCCUCGGAGAUUUGGUACCCUUCACCAACAAGCUCUACUCCGGCGACUUGCAGAAACGGAUCGGCAUUACCGCCGGGAUCUGCAUCCUCAUCAAGCACGAGGAGGAGAAGUGCGGCGACCGUUACGAGGCGGUUUACAGUUUCUAUUUCGGAGACUAUGGAAGCAUCGCCGUUCAGGGGCCGUAUCUAACCUAUGAAGAGUCUUUCCUCGCCGUCACCGGCGGUACCGGGAUUUUUGAAGGCGUUUCCGGGCAAGUGAAAUUGCAGCAGCUCGUUUAUCCCUUCAAGCUGUUCUAUACCUUUUACUUAAAGGGCAUUAAAGAUUUGCCGGCGGAGUUGACAGCUCCGGCUGUUCCCCCGACUCCUACCGUCGAGCCUUCUCCGGCGGCCAAGGCUUGUGACCCCACUGCAACUAUAUCCAAUUUCACUAAUUAAUGUUCUGUUUUCCAAAGAGAACUAGUUAGUGGUCUCUAUUUGUUCUCUCUCAAAACAAUUGUUGCAAUCCAAAUAUCCCAAUAAUUGCAAUUUUUAGUACCAAUUCAGUGAUCAAUGAAAAAUGCAGUUUUUUAACGUUGAUUUUCAAUCUAGCUGUUACAAUAUUUCAUAUUUC